UAUCUAGAAAGAAGAAUGUGCAGUAGAAGAAGGAGAAAGAGAGAUUCAAAGAUGGCAGCUUUGGGUGAUUUCUUAUCUGGAAGUGGAAAAAGGAGUAUUUUUGGGGACACUGAUCACACUGCUGAAGCAAAUAAAUAGGUGAAGAAACAAUGCCUUUGCCUUUGCCUUUGCCAUUGACAACUCAAUUCACUUCUCUCUUCCGACGCACUAUAACCACCAAGAACCCUAAUUCAAAUUCCGGGAGAAGACGACGACGACGACUCUGUCUCUCUCAUUUGGGCAAUCCCAAAUAUGAGUCAUAAUACGAAGACCCACUUCAGAGAUUGAGCUUUUUUCAUGUCCUUUACCAUCUUUCUCUCAAUUCCCUUCCCUUUCUAUUGAGACACAUCCAUGGCUGACGAAUCGCAACAACCCCAAUCUGAAACUCAACCUCCACUCGAUAUCGAUUCGGUGCCUCCGCCACCGCCUCCGCCUCGCUUUGAUCCCAGUCGAAUGAUUGGUAUCAUUAGAAGGAAGGCAUUGAUAAAAGAACUAGCUGCUGCAUAUCACGCUGAGUGUCUUGUAUACUGCCAAGAGCUUCUUGAGCUCCAAAGAAAGUGGGACGAGCCAUAUAUUGAGUUAAAAGCACCUGAUGAUCCAAGAAAAGAGACAACGAAGCCCAGCAAACGUCAAAAGAAAUCCCGCUAGGCAAUAACUAUAUUCAAAAUUCACUUACCUGACCUGAGAAUCCAGUGAUUCUUCCAAAGUAAGGGAGGCACAUGCACAAAAUUGAUAGUCUGUUAUGAAUAGGCUGAUUACCCCAUGGAUACAACAAUUUGUAUACUUAGUUAUGAAAACAGUGAAGCAUAUAAAAUAUUUGUGUGCUGUAUGUAUCCAUUUUCUGUGCGCUAAUAUCACUACACAGCGGAAGUAGUUAUUUCUAUUUUUGCCAGCAAAAAACAGGCUUACAGAAUUUAUUUGUUCACAAUAUUUGAAUUAUAGACUUCAUUUCCUUUUCUAUA